GGAAACAUCAACAAUACAAAUAUAUAUACACAUCAGGGUCGAUCAUUUGAGUGUAGAACCUUAAGAUAAUUUUAAGUUUUCAGCAAAAACAAGUGGUAGCAAUGGGUCAAGAAAAUCCUACUAUCACAACUGCAUCUGAUCAAUGGACGUCAGGUAAAACGAGAACACAAGCAGUCGCCAACCUCGAAGACAACGAAGCUGUAGGCGAAGACACCUACUUCGGCGAGACAAUCUCAAGUCACCCAACCCCAAGGAUCCGGAAGCGCAAGGAAAAACGCUACCUUCACAAAAACCGCCUCCCACCACCCUCGUCGCCACCACACAAGAAAACCAUGACGGACUCAACUACCCUUUCGAAAGACAAAUGGAGUCAUUUCAUGAACAUGAUGGCGAAGCAAUUGAACAAGAUAGAUCUGAUGGAAGCUCAAAUAAAUCAGAUGGCCAACAACCCAGCCAGAGACAUCAUCCCGAAAAGUCGGGCUGAGAGUGACCGCAAGCUAAGCUCCGUGUGUCCAAACCUACCGAACAACCUGAAGGAAAAAAACAAUCAAGGUAUACUCAUAUCCCUACAAGAUAUGAAGAAGAUACUCUGUGUGAACGCAGAAUCCUCUAAUCUGCAGAAAGUAUUCACUCACGGCGAGAACGAUUUGUUUGCUAAUUGGACGGCUCACCUAGCAGCAUCACUACUACACACCCCAGAGCUUAUGACAUACAAGUGUAUCGCUGACCACCUAAAGUAUCAAGCCAUUGUAUGCGAAUACUCCAAGAUUAUGUAUCCAGAAGAAGUUGCUAAUCUCGACAAGGGUGUCGGGCGAUAUUUCCCUCACUCUCGGCUCUCGGAUAUCGAUGCAGCCAAACUAGCCGUUGUGGCUCUCAGUUCAUGCAAACACUGCAACUGUGCGACAGCCUUCUCCGUAUGUGAGAAUGUCACCCCAGUUGUCAAAAACAAGAAAGGGCAGUCUAAUGGACAUGACACCUGUCAACAAGAGAGAAACAACACGACGAUUAUAACGGAAACGAAACGUGCGCAGGCGGUACCAAUUGUAGCUAUAAGGAGUGCAACAAAAAAGGUUGCACUGAACCAACUACACAGAAGUCAGGCCGAAGGGAGGAGCCAUAAUCUGCCACAUCUCGUCAUCAACCAGCAUCUCCCACUGUCACCACUAACGUGGACCAUGACCUGAGAAUUGUCAACGUUUGGUCGUCAAUCAGAGAUAUCCCCAUACCCACUUGUACUCCAGACAUAUCU